UCCCCACUUUGCACCUCAGAUAAAAUCUGUGACUUCACACUAGAAUACACUUAAGCAGAAAGGAAUAUACGCCACUGAAAAUGGACUCCAUUAGAAGCUCACAAACUACUAGAGCCAUACAACGCAUAUCAGAGUCGGUGUUUGUGGGACUGUGUCAUAAAGUGGGGACCUCACAACUGGUGGCCAUGAGGAGAGAUGUAGUGGACAUUAGGGAUAUGGUGAUGAAUCGAGGGAAAACAUGCAAAUACCAAAGUGUGACCAUGACAAGUGGAAGUUACAGAGAAGGCUUCCGACUGAAAGGAUCAGAUAUGGACUUUAUGCUCUGGGCAAAUGAUCAGCGUGUGAUCUGGGAAUUGUCUCAGUCUCAGUAUUACAACACGAACAGAACAUCACUGAUCCUCUGUGACUGUUCUGAUAGUCCACCAGGAUUUACUUUGUUAUAUUUACUGUCACCCAGCAUGGACAGAGACAUGCUUAGCGUUAGUGUUAGAGUGAAUAACAGAUAUUAUGUAUCUAGUUCUAAAUACAGACAGAUCUAUUUAUCUGUAUUGUCACCUGAAUUCAUUCCUCAUGGACCCUGUGCCACUCAAACAAAAGGAGCACGGGAAAUAGAUAAUGCCUUCUGUUUGGUUUGCGACUUUUGGCCUCCAUUUGCCUCCUCGUGGAUAGACAGAUGUCACUCAUGGCCCCAGCCUCAUGUUGUUGAUGAUAUAGUGAAAAAUGGAUGUCACUUUGUAGCAAUUGGACAUAAGCUAGGAAAUCAUGAAGAUCAUGAAUGGAGAAUUUCUUUCUCAAAAGCAGAAUAUAAACUUGUUUAUGCAAUGAAUCACUGUCAAUUCUUAACUUACGGCUUACUUAAAUUGUUCUUAUCAGAAAUAAUUAACAAUGGACUAGAUGAUGCUGAUAAAUUACUGUGUUCCUAUCACAUGAAGACGGUAGUUUUCUGGGUGAUUCAACAAAAUACAAUACACCAAUGGUGUCCACAAAAUCUUCUGGAGUGUUUCUGGGUCUGUUUGAAACUCGUCCUCAAAUGGGUGUAUGAGGGGGUUUGUCCUAACUUUUUCAUUCCAGACAACAACAUGUUUCUGAGUAAAAUUCACGGCGUCAAACAACAUCAAUUAUUUAUAAGACUGUCAGAGUUGUAUGGGAAGGGUUUAGCAUUCCUGCUACAUAGUCCCUCCAUUAGAUCUUAUAUUAUAGAUGUCCUCUAUAACCCCAGAAACUCCAUCUGUACAGAUGAUCAUACUCUGUUUUCUGAGGUUGAGUUUGAUAGAUAUCUAUUUAAUGAAUUACUAAAUAAUCGUCUAGGUUCAUCAGCCGAAUGGGACAUACAAAUCUGCAUUAGAUAUCUACAUACAAUAGAACAGGUGAUAGGUUCACCCCUCCUGACACAGUAUCAAGUCCUCAAGCUACAGACCAUUACUGCAUUCUUCCUUCAGAGAACUGCUUUUAUAUUACACAUGGACGCUGACAACAAACUGAGGUAUAGAGCUGACAAAAUCUCCUGUCACAUGCUGAAAUUAUCAGCCAAGUUUUGUAUUAUCACAGACAUGCUGUACCUAGCCAUGUAUUAUUACAAGACAUUUAGAUACAUGGAAGUUUUAUCUAUAACAGAGAUGAUCAUUUUCAAGUCUUCACACCCAUCUGUGUUAGGGUCAAAUGUAAAUACGGAGACAUAUACUGAGGCUCUAAGGGGACAGUCCUGGUCUACAAAGAUGAGACAGGCUGUAUUAGGGGAUAUCAAACUUGAAAAUAAAGUCCAUUACAUCGGUGAACUGAUACCAGAACAACAGUCUGCUCUACAGAAUGACAAGUCUAACUUAGACGUCCCAGCCUUUAUACUGUUAUACAUGCUGGAGAUUUUGUGCUACACACAUGUAGACACAACGCGAGCACAAAGAGCUCUAGAAUGUCUACAGACCCUAGUUCACUAUGAUCAGGGACUACUUAGAGAUUUAAAAGACAGAGACAUAUCGUGGCAGAUUCUGGGAAUCUGUCAACAGCUGACAGGGAACUACCAGGCUGCUCUGUACUCAUACCUACAGUCUCUCAGACAAAAACCGACCAACAAAAUACGCACAGCUACAGAAAUGAGAAUACAGAGAGUUCGCCAACGGAUUCCCGUAAUUAAGGUGUAAUAUCCUUCUGAUAAGAGAGAUAACUUUCUGAGGACUAUUUUCCAUGAAAUUCAAUGAAUCGUACGUGAAGUCAGAUUUUACAGAAU